UGAAUGCGCACAUACACGCCCCCACCAACCCAGUCAGUCAGCCACGCGCAGACGACAACAUUUUUGUGGUGCCAAACCGGCGAAUUUGUUUCCCCCGAGUUUUACAAUUUGUUCAAGUUACAAAUGACAUGCAAUCGGAGUAAGCCACACGCACGAGUAAAUCUACGGAAAGGAAACGAAAGACGACGUGCUAAAAGUUUUAGCUACAGAAGGGACAUUACUGCUUGCUCGUCUAGCUAGCCAUCGAGCUAGCUAUAACGUGCAAGGCUGUACUACAGUAGCCAGCUUAACUAUCGAUUAACUUUCGAAGAGGCAAUGUCUUUUCGUCGACAGAACCAACAACCCGGUUCAGGCGGACGAAAAACCUCCAAUGGAACGGCAGGGCCUGCCGCUUUGCCCUCUCAUAUCAGCGGGARCAAUACCAACAGAGCUGUGCCUGGAAGGACAAGAAAUACAAUGAAGCCGCCAUCUCAGUCCUCUCCCGUAUUUGAAGGUGUUUACAACAACACCAGGAUGCUUCACUAUCUCACAGCUGUAGUGGGCUCCACCUGUGACGUCCGAGUGAAGAGUGGAAAUGUGUAUGAGGGCAUCUUCAAAACCCUCAGCUCAAGGUGUGAGCUGGUGGUUGAUGCUGUCCACAAGCGGAGCGAAGGAGGAGAGGCGGAUGGAGGCGGAGGGGGAGGCUUGCCCCCCUCCCUGCCCAGGAUAGAGGAGAUCACAGACACCAUGAUUUUCAGCCCCGGCGACCUGGUCACAAUGACUUGCCGAGAUGUGGACCUCAACUACGCCAUCAGAGAUGCUUUCACAGAUACAGCAAUCGGCUCAUCGCGGGUGAACGGGGAACACCGGGAGAAGGUGCUGCAGAGGUGGGACGGAGGGGACAGCAACGGAGAAGGCUUCGACCUGGAGACGGACACGUCUAAUGGCUGGGAUGCUAGCGAAAUGUUCAAGUUUAACGAGGAGACGUAUGGCGUCACGUCCACCUACGAUUCCAGCCUCUCCAUGUACACUGUUCCCCUGGAAAGGGGCAGCUCGGAUGGCUUCCGACAGCGGGAGGCACGUGCGGCCCGCCUAGCGAAUGAGAUUGAGGGCAGCCCCCAGUACCGUCACCGCACCAACCUGGAGAACGAYGAUAAGAGUGAGGAGGACAAGUACAGCGCAGUGGUCCGAGAGAGAGACGAGGGGAGGGAGAGGGGCAGCCCUGGAUUCCAGAGCAGUGCCGGGAGCAGGGAGGGUAAAUACAUUCCUCUUCCCCAGAGGGCCAGGGAGAUGGGUGUUCCCCCCAGCAGCCUGAGGGGCGGAGCCUCUGGUCCAAUACCCAAUCGAACAGGAGUCCCCGGCUCCUCUAGACCAUCCCAGGGUUCUGAUAGGUGCAGCCCGCUGUCCAUCAGGGGCGCCUACUCUCCCCACCAGUCCCAAGCCAGCCCCCCGGGCCAGCCCAGUAGCCCUACCCCCUCUUCUACCUCUCACCCGAUCCCUCACUCCAUCUCUCACCCACAAGCUCUGGCCGAUGCCUCGCGCUCUUCUGUCAACGGWGUGUCGUCCAGAACCUCCCCCAAAGCCCAGAGAUCCGUACAGACCAAUCGAACUCUGCGCAACCCAAGCUCCCAGUCCUCACCUGCAGUCUCACGCUCUCCAAAACCAGACGACCCCGCUCUGGCUGGCCCUUCGACACUUCCUCACUCCUCGAUCGCCUCGCGGCUAAGGAGAGGACAGAAGCCCAGCCAGCCUCAAGACAGCAAGAGCGGCAAAGUUCCCUCAGUCCUGCAGAGAACACAGUUGGAGGAGCUACGGAAAUUUGGCAAAGAGUUCCGGCUCCAGCCCAGCCCCUCCCCUUCUGCUGGCCCCACCUCAGAAUCCGCCCAGCCCUCCCCAUCAGACUCCGCCACCACAGCCGAGUCCGUACCCGCCCCUGGCCACACCCCCUCCCAGGACCCCCAGACUGGAGAGGGGUCCUCCUUCACCCUGACCCCCACCACCCCUACUCCCUCUCCAUCCCCCAACACCUCCUCUCAGUCAUCAGGUCCAGACAGACAGGCUACAGGGACACCCCAGCCAGCCAGGUCCCCUGGCAGCGAGGAGGAGGGCAGCGAGCGAGCAGAGGGUGUGGCUGAGUGUUCCCCUGGAAGGCGAGCGCGGAUGGCUUCCGACAGCGGGAGGCCACGUGCUGCCCCUAGCGAUGAGUCGAGGGCAGCCCCGUACCGUCACCGCACAACCUGGAACGACGAUAGUUGCAAGGGCUGGCAGGAACUGUCCACCGAGCUGUUGGCACUGCGGAACGCUGGAGAGCUGUGGUUCUUCACCGCUGAUUCCCGGCUUCAGCAAACUGGGGCAGAUGGCAGACUGCAUGACUGGGCUUUGUGUGGCUGUCGAGCGGUGUGCUAUUACAAACAGCCCAGUGGUGGGGUUAUGGAGCCGGUGCGAGAUGAGCAAUUCCCUGCGUCUGGCACGCGGCCCGCGGUGCAGGGAGCAGAGGGCCUGCUUAUGAUCGCCCGGCACUCAGUGGGGCCGGAGGCCCGUCCCCCGCCCCCACCCCCCGCCGGCCACUUUCCUCCCAGCCCCUCCGUGGUGCUCCAGCCCCCCCCGGGACAACAGGCCAUCUACAGCACCCCCUACCUGUCCUACCUCUCCCCCGUACAGAUACAGGGACACUCUGUGCAGGCUCCUCAGAUGUAUCAGUACACCAUGUCUACAGUCCAGCAGGGGAAGUAUCCCAGAUCUAAAGGCCAGGUGGUAGGACCUCGUCCGGACCACCACGGCUCUUCUCAGCCCCAGAUGCUCCAGGCUGCAGCGUCUGCAGCAGGCCCUCCCCUGGUGGCCUCCCCCUACCCCCAGGCCUACCUGCAGUACAGUCAGGUCAUCCAGGGCAUGCCCCACUACCCCGGACAGCCGGUGUACUCCAUGCUGCAGGGUGGGGCCAGGAUGCUGACUCAGGCGGGCCACCCCCAGGCUCUGGGCCCUCAGUACCCUGGACAGACAGAGGGUCCCCCGGGACCACAACAGGCCAUGUAUGCCUCCCAGCAGUUCUCCCACCAUUCUAGCUCCAUGCACCCUCCCCAGCCAUCCAGCACCCCUACUGGGAGCCAGCCCCCUCCCCAGCACACUGCCCCCAGCCCUGGGCACGGACAGUCGGGCCAGGGAGGCCCCCAGCCCCAGUCCAUGUACCACUCUGGGCCCCUGCCAGCGCCCACACCCCCUAACAUGCCCCCUGGCCACAGCUCUCCCCAGGCCUCUUACCCCAUGCAGGGCUACAGCCUGCCCACCCACCAGCCCAUGGCCCAACACUACCCCGGCCUGGGACAGCUCACACAGGCCCAUGUUGCCCAAGGUAUGUCUGGCCCCCACCACCCAGGAGGCCACGGCCCGCCCCAGAUGAUGCUGCACUAUGCCCCACCCCCACAGCAAGGCCCAGGCUCAGCCCAGCAGCACGGCCCUCCCCCCCAGCAGGGGGCACACCAACACUACUACAUCCAACAUCCACAGGCUGUACAAGUGCAGGCUCACCCCACCCAGCAGCUCUCCUUCCACCCCCCUGGAAACUGACACCCCUACCUACACCUAGAGGACCACAGAAGAAGCAGGAGACAGAGGAUAGAAGAGGGGAGCUGAGGACAGGGAGCUGAUGCCCCCAGUCCCUCCCUGAGUCUUAUGACUGACGCAAUCCCAUUGAGGAACACAAUCAAGUUGUUCGCUGAUUGGCUAAACUAGUCUGAGAACUGAAGCCCCCCCUCUGGAACCACUGCCGCCACACUUCACUCUCCUCUCGCCCACAAAAUAAGCAACUUUUUUCCCCUCCUGUUUUUUAAGCCAGAGUUCUUAGUCAAAGAGAGCGAGAGAGAAGAGGGCUUGUCAAAGGCUCCCAUUCUGCUUCUUGGUUAAGKACAGAGAGAAAAAAUAGGUUUUGUUUUUAUGAAAGCCUAGAAAGACUGAGUUGUCCUCACUAGCUGGUUCCAUUUUUAAGUUGAGAGGAUUGACAUGGCGAAAGCAUCGUCUCACAGGACUUAUCACAAUGAAACUUGCUAACUUUUAACCCCAACCUACUUCCCUUUCUCCUUUUACAGGUAACCAUUAAUAAAUAAACUUAAAAUACAAAAAAUGAAAAAAAUCAUAAAAAUAAAGUUUACUCAACCUCAAA